AUGGCGGCUAGCGAACCCUUCCCGAUCCUUAAUACCUCAGCCGACCAGCUACACACACCGUCCGGAGAUGGAGCGCCGCGGAGGAGGAGGAAAUCUAGUGUUAUUGGCUCUGAGUUUAGGAUAGGGGACCCUGACGCGAAGUCGAGGGGUGGCUUGGUUUCUGGAGAUGGUGCUUCUCAGACCGAUGCGCCCAGACGACUCUCCAAGCGCCGCCGGGCCAGGGGCCUGCUCUCUCGCUUCCGACAUGCUAUAGCUCGCCAUAACUGCAUUCUUCCCGGCUGUCUCCUCCUCACCUUCCUCACGCUCUAUGCCUUCAACCCCACCGAGUCGAAUCCGAUCCACCACUUCAUCUUCCUCUCCUAUCCCGAGCCCACCGAACCCGGCAAGCCCCAGCUCUACGGAAAAGGCUACUGGGAUAUUGCCUUUGUCGUCUUUUACACCAUUGUCCUCACCUUCACCCGCGAGUUCUUCAUGCAGGAAGUCUUCCGCCCCAUGGCUCGCUUCGCUGGUCUUCCUCGUCGCAAAACCCCCCGGUUCAUGGAGCAGGCGUAUACGGCACUCUACUUCGGCAUCCUGGGUCCCGCCGGAAUGUACGUCAUGAGCAAGACGCCCGUCUGGUACUUCAACACCCGCGGCAUGUACGAGGAUUUUCCCCACUGGUACCAGGAGGGAAUUGUCAAGUUCUACUACCUCUUCCAGGCCGCCUACUGGGCCCAGCAGGCCAUUGUCCUUAUCCUCGGUAUGGAGAAGCCUCGCAAGGACUUCCGUGAGCUCGUGGCCCAUCACAUCGUCAGUCUUUCGUUGAUUGGCUGCAGCUACCGAUUCCACUUUACCUACAUUGGCCUGGCUGUCUACACGACCCAUGAUAUCAGUGACUUCUUCCUCGCUACCUCCAAGACGCUGAACUAUCUCGACUCGCCCAUAGUUGGGCCAUAUUUUGCCUGUUUCAUGGGCGUUUGGAUCUACAUGCGUCAUUACCUCAACCUGAAGAUCCUCUACUCUCUCUUUACCGAGUUUAAGACGGUCGGCCCCUACGAACUCGACUGGGCCGGUGGUCAAUUCAAGUGUGAAAUCUCGUUUUGGAUCACCCUCGGUCUUCUCUCCUCCCUGCAGGCUCUGAACCUCUUCUGGUUGUAUUACAUUGUCCGAAUCGCACUCCGAUUCAUCCGCGACAAGCACGCUACGGACGAGCGGUCUGACGAUGAGGGCGAAGACGACGAGCCUGUUGAGGAGCCAACUCCCAACAAGGCUGCAGAGGCCAACGGACAUGCUAAUGGACAUGCUAAUGGACAUGCCAACGGCCAUGCUAACGGCUAUGCUAAUGGACGUGCUAAUGGACAUGCUAAUGGACAUACUGUUAAAUCGAACUGA